AAUCGGACGUUAUUUAAGGGAAGCUCCGUAGUCCGUACCGGCAUUAUCGGGUUCCGGGUGUUCCCGCCAAAUAGCGCCGCCGUGGUCGUUCUCAGCCAUUUUCCCGCCACUCCCUUUCUCACUCUAAAUCCCAAAAUCACUCCAUUCUCUUCCACUCUUUCGUCCCCUCUUUGUCGCCACCAGAUUAUUCGAAGAACAAAAUGUCAUCAUCUCGUCGAUCCAGUAAUGGCCGAUCGCCAUUAGUUAACCAACAACGUCAAAUCACUUCCUUCUUUACCAAAAAACCGACUGGAGACAACUCCGCCGCUAGAACUCAUUCCAUUUCCACUCUGACUCCAAGCCCUAGCCCUAACAUUAAUUCCCCUCCGUCAGUACAGUCCAAGCGCAAGAAACCCCUGUUGGUUAUCGGCGGCGGUGCUGGACCUUUUUCUUCUUCUCCUUCUCCUUCUCCCGGUCCUUCUUCUUUACCUGAUAAGGAGGAGAAGUCGCACGGCGAUGGGGUUAUUGGGAAGAAGAUAAAGGUUUAUUGGCCGUUGGAUAAGACCUGGUACGAGGGUCGUGUGAAAAUGUUUGAUGAGAAGGCUGGAAAGCAUUUGGUGCAGUAUGACGAUGCGGAGGAGGAGAUGUUGGUGUUGGGGAAUGAAAAGAUUGAGUGGGUUGAGGAAAGUGCGAAGAAGUUUAAGCGUUUGCGACGGGGUUCUUCAUCGCCGGUGACUGCUGCAGUGGUGGAAGAUAUGGAUGAUAUUAAUGAUUUAAGUGAUGGGGAUGGCAGCGAUGACUCUAGAGAUGAAGAUUGGGAGAAGAAUGUGGAGAACGAGGUGAGUGAAGAGGAGGAUGUGGAUCUGGUGGAGGAAGAUGAAGAUGAAGAUGGGAGCGAGGAGGAUGCAGUGGGAAAGUCAAGAAGGAAGCAGGGUGGGCAGGUGGAGUCUAAAAAGCGUAAGAUGAGCAAUGGAAAGAAAGUUGAAGUUGCUCCAAAGAAGAUCAAAAGUAGCGGUGGAAGCGUGACUUCUGGAGGGUUACAACUUUCUUCAAUGGAGACUAAGAUUAAAUCAGAGAGUGCAAGCGUAUUAAAGGGAAUAAAUGAAAUUGCUAGUGAUGCCUUAGAAAGGUUCAACUCACGAGAAGCUGAAAAGUUCAGAUUUCUGAAAGAAGAUAGGAAGGAUGCGAACAAAAGAUGUCCAGGAGAUCCCGAUUAUGAUCCAAAAACAUUGUAUUUGCCUCCAUAUUUUGUGAAGAAUUUAUCAGAUGGCCAGAGACAAUGGUGGGAGUUUAAGUCAAAACACAUGGACAAAGUUCUGUUUUUCAAGAUGGGUAAAUUUUAUGAACUUUUUGAAAUGGAUGCACACAUAGGAGCUAAAGAACUUGAUUUGCAAUAUAUGAAGGGAGAACAACCUCAUUGCGGCUUCCCCGAGAGAAACUUUUCACUCAAUGUGGAGAAGUUGGCAAGGAAGGGUUAUCGAGUUCUUGUCAUAGAGCAGACAGAAACUCCUGAACAAUUAGAGAGACGGCGUAAGGAGAAAGGUUCCAAGGACAAGGCAUUGAAACGUGAAAUAUGUGCUGUAGUCACAAAAGGAACACUAACUGAGGGCGAGAUGCUAUCGUUGAAUCCUGAUGCUUCAUAUCUGAUGGCAGUAACUGAAAAAUUUCAUGGGUUGGAAAAUCAACAAGCAGAAAGGAUUUUAGGAGUUUGUGUGGUUGAUGUGGCCACCAGUAGGGUUAUCCUUGGGCAGUUUGGAGAUGACUUGGAGUGCAGUGCCUUGUGCUGUCUUUUGUCCGAGCUUAGACCAGUUGAAAUUAUUAAACCUGCUAAACUGCUAAGUCCUGAAACUGAGAGGGUGCUGCUCACUCAUACGAGAAAUCCUUUAGUGAAUGAGUUAGUUCCAUUAUUGGAAUUCUGGAAUGCUGAGAAAACUGUUCAAGAAGUUAAGAGAUUGUUUAAGGGCAUUGCUAAUCGAUCGGUCUCUGGAUCUUCAAGUGAAGCAAGUUUACUCAAUGACGAUACUCCUGGAGAAAACGAUGGGUUGAGCUUCUUGCCAGUUGUUUUAUCCGAACUGGUUACUGCACAAGAAAAUGGGUCUUGGGCACUUUCAGCUCUUGGAGGAAUUCUAUUCUAUCUGAAGCAAGCUUUUCUGGAUGAGACAUUGCUUAGAUUUGCAAAGUUUGAAUUACUUCCUUGUUCUGGCUUCAGUGAUGUUAUUUCAAAACCCUACAUGGUUCUUGAUGCAGCUGCCUUAGAAAAUCUGGAGAUCUUUGAGAACAGCAGAAACGGGGACUCUUCUGGGACGCUCUAUUCACAGUUGAACCACUGUGUAACUGCAUUUGGGAAAAGAUUACUUAAGACAUGGCUUGCAAGGCCUUUAUAUGACGUUGAAUCAAUUAAAGCCAGGCAAGGUGCUGUGGCGAGCCUACGGGGAGAUAACUUAUCUUUUUCUCUUGAGUUUCGAAAAGCAUUAUCCAAACUUCCAGAUAUGGAGCGUCUACUUGCUCGCAUUUUUUCUAAUAGUGAGGCAAAUGGGAGGAAUGCAAAAAAUGUGGUUCUAUAUGAGGAUGCAGCCAAAAAACAACUACAAGAGUUCAUAUCUGCUUUGCGGGGUUGUGAGCUCAUGCUCCAAGCUUGUUCAUCACUCCAUGUCAUUUUGCCAAGUGUUGAAUCGAGAAGACUCAAUUGCCUAUUAACACCAGGUGAAGGUCUUCCAGAUCUUCAUUCAGUUCUAAGUCAUUUCAAGGAUGCUUUUGAUUGGGUUGAAGCCAAUAGUUCAGGACGUGUAAUACCUCGCGAAGGUGUAGACGUGGAGUAUGACUCUGCCUGUGAGAAAAUUAAGGAGAUACAAUCUAGCUUGACAAAGCAUUUAAAGGAACAGCGGAAAUUACUUGGGGACACAUCAAUCACUUAUGUGACAGUUGGAAAAGAGACACAUUUGUUGGAAGUGCCUGAAAGUUUGCAGGGUAACAUUCCUCAGACUUAUGAGUUGCGAUCAUCUAAAAAGGGCUUCUUCCGGUACUGGACUCCUAAUAUUAAGAAGUUGUUAGUGGAGCUUUCUCUAGCUGAAUCUGAGAAGGAGUCCUCACUGAAAAGCAUUUUGCAAAGGUUAAUUGGAAAAUUCUGUGAACAUCAUCUCCAAUGGAGACAAUUAGUCUCUGCAAUUGCUGAACUUGAUGUUUUGAUUAGCUUAGCAAUUGCAAGUGAUUAUUAUGAGGGUUACACAUGCCAACCACUUUUCUCAAAGUCACAGUGUCAGAGUGAAGUGCCACGUUUUACUGCUAAAAACUUGGGACAUCCCAUUCUAAGAAGUGAUUCACUGGGUGAGGGUACAUUUGUCCCCAAUGACAUUACUAUUGGUGGCUCAGGAGCCAACUUCAUUCUUCUGACUGGCCCUAACAUGGGUGGAAAGUCUACUCUUCUUCGGCAAGUUUGCUUGUCUAUUAUUCUGGCUCAGAUAGGUGCAGAUGUUCCAGCAGAAAGUUUUGAGUUAGCUCCUGUUGAUCGAAUUUUUGUCCGGAUGGGUGCUAAGGAUCAGAUUAUGUCUGGCCAAAGUACAUUUUUGACGGAACUAUCAGAAACUGCACUGAUGCUGUCAUCAGCUACCCGUAAUUCAUUGGUGAUCUUGGAUGAACUUGGACGUGGUACAGCAACUUCAGAUGGACAGGCAAUUGCGGAAUCAGUUCUUGAACAUUUUGUUAGCAAGGUGCAGUGCCGGGGGGUAUUCUCAACUCAUUAUCACCGAUUGGCCUUGGCUUAUUAUAAAGAUCCUAGGGUUUCAUUAUACCAUAUGGCAUGUCGAGUUGGAGAGGGAAACAACGGUUUAGAAGAAGUUACAUUUCUCUAUCGUCUAACUCCUGGUACAUGCCCUAAAAGUUAUGGCGUGAAUGUUGCACGGUUAGCUGGACUCCCGAAUUGUGUCUUGACCGAGGCUGCGGCUAAAUCAAUGGAAUUUGAGGCUACAUAUGGCAUGGCUGGAGAAGAAUCUGAAGAUAACUUGUGCAAUCAUGCUUGGGUUGAUGAUACAAUCACUUUGAUUCAAAAGUUGAUAAGCCUGGAAUCAACCGUGAGAUGCAAUGAUGAAACUGAGAAGAAUGGUAUCGGUUCCUUGAAACAGCUUCAACAACAAGCAAGAAUACUUGUGCAGCAAGGUUGACUCAAUGCUCUGAAACAUUCCUCGGUGAACAACAUUUUGCAGUACACCUCGGGGCGCUGCAGUUCAUCCCAUUUUGGCCGUUGCUUUCAUCAGAAGCAUCUUGAACUGGGACUGGGAGCAAAUCUCCAUCAGAACAGAAAUUUCAAUGUAUAAGAUCCGGCUUCUGACCUCAGUUUUUACCAGAUUUGCUUAUAGAAUGAACUGUAGACGGGGACCAACAUCUUUUGAGAAGCAAUUUUGGACGAUUGGUUGCGCUCAUCUUGAUUCUUCAAUGGAAGAAGAAAUUGCUUUUGAUCUUUUGUGUAAAUUGUUUAUAAUUGACGGUCAUUAUAAGGUUUGUGAGUUAUUGUUGAACUAAACCUGAGGGUUUGGUCGCCAUAUCCAAGUUGGCAAAGCAUUCUAGUUUUUAGUUGUUAUUAAAUCUUUUUGAGUUCACUGCUUCUUGGUCUAGCGUAUACCUGUAGCAUUUGAGCUAUGCUUGGGUUGUUAGUCUGGGAAGUCGAAUUAAGUUAUUUUACGCAGAGGAUUAAUUUUUGGUUUCUUGAGUGUUCUUAGUCAUCCCCGAGGAAUGCUGUUGAAAUGUAUUUGGUGAAAUGUGCCAUAAAAUCACAAGCUGGAAAUUGUAUGACAAUUGACUCAAUUUGAAACUAUAAGUCUUCUAAGCAAUUUUGAUUCAA